CAAAAUUCAGUUUAUCUUCGCCCUUUUUAGAGGAAAGAUCGUGUGCUCAACUAGUGCAAAUCUCUACGAAAAAAAAACACAACUCGUCGUCGGGUGUUACGAUUCUGACUUUGAUUUGGAGAGUCUGUGUCCGCGAGUCCGGCUUUAUAAAUGUUUGGACCUACGUCCGGAGAAGUUCCAUUUGCAAUCAUGGACUUCUUUGCGACGGGCGGCUUCCAGCAGCUCUACAGCGACCUGGACGAGCAAUCGUUCUCGUACUCGCUGCUGAGCACCGCGGAGGACAUGAUCCAGCUACAUACCCCGUACCCUGAGGAACAGGGAGAGUCUGAGGCCCCAUCCGCGGGCUACGACUUUUACGGCAUUAUUACCCUGGACGGUAAUAAUAAUGCUAGUACGGAGCAGGAGGACAUCUUUCUGGACUUUGAGGACCUGGGUCCGGACCUGUGCGACUGGGAGCAGCGACUACUGGACAACUUCGUGGAGAUUCCCGAGCUGGUGGACUUUCUGCCGGAGCGGACGCCACUGUGCACGGACAAUUGUACAGACUUCCUGGAGGAGAGCAACAGUAAUCUGAGGCUCUCGAGCAGGGAGGCCCCGCCGCCGCCACCACCACCGCCUCCGCCCCCGGAAUACUAUGCGCAGCACCCUCACCCGCAUCGCAAGGGGUCGGACGGCAGCGGCGGCGGUUACUUGUGCACCUUCGGGAACUGCGAAAAACUGUAUGCCAAGCCCGCCCACCUGAAAGCCCACCUGCGGAGGCAUCUUGGCGAGAAACCCUACGCCUGCGUCUGGCCAGAGUGCAGUUGGCGGUUCUCCCGCUCCGACGAACUGGCCCGCCACCGGCGAUCCCACUCCGGGGUCAAGCCCUACAAGUGUGAUUACUGCGCCAAGAGUUUCGCCCGCUCGGAUCACCUCACCAAGCACCGGAAGGUCCACGAACGACGACUCCUGGCGGCUACCCGAGCGGGCCGGCUCUUCUCCGAGGAUGUCUACUCCGUGCGGCCGGGCCGCAAGCGGAAAAACCAACUCUAAUCAAAAGAUGGAUGACAGAAGGAAGGAGGUCCUAGAUGACGAGACGAGAACACUUCAAAUGGCAGCCUAAAUUUAUUAAGAAGCGGUUACACAAAAAAAAAAAAUAACACUACAAAUGCCAAUACAAUACAGUCGCAGUCACUUUUAUCCAUCUACGAUACACAACCGGCGCGGAAGAACUUAGAAUUUUGGAAUGUCAACAUAUACACUUGCACUUGCACUUCACUGUCCCUAACCAACACAUACGUGCUAAAUUUGAUGUAUUUGUUUUGUUUUUGUUUAAUUACACUGGCCAAAAA